AUGGGCCUUUUUACUGACCACCCGUACACCGCGGUAACCGCCACCAUCAACCAGAUCGUCGUCGCACACGAUGAUGAGUACGAACCGGAGGCACAGCUCCCGACGCUUCUCGACGCGAUCCGCGCGCAGCCAACGUCUGGCGGAACGGAAGCCGCGCGUGCGGUGCGCAAGAACCUCAAGCACGGCUCUGUGAAGGAGCAGAUUCGCAGCUUGGUGGUUCUCGAGCUUCUUGUGGGUAAUGGCGGUAGCGGAAAGGCUAUGCGGGGGUUAUACAACGACCACAAGCUCCUCGCAUGUAUGAGCCAGUGCUAUGUCGACAUGCAAAGACCGGGGAAGGUCAGACGGAAGAUUGCCGGUUUAGCCGCGGAAUGGCGGGUCUACGAGGAUGUCUCGGGGUACGAAGGCGUCUCUAAUUUCUACAAAUUGGUUCCAGAAAAGACAAAGCUGCGGAGGUACCGCAACACCAACGUGACCCACUCAGGGCGGGUGGUGCCUGAUUUCAUGAGGGACCGGCCAGAUGAGAACUACAAUGUUUUUAACGACGAGGGGAAUAUUAUCCAGGGAGAUAUCGUCCUAAGAGAGAGCGGUGCUAAUUCCCGCAACAGCUCCCGCAGCAGUUUUUCGCAUCACUCGGGCAAUCACUUGGGUAAUGACCCCCCAAAGACAAACGCGCAGCUCAACAAGCAGUUUCGUAUCCCAAAGAUUGAUUACCUCAAGGAAAGACCCAAGAUUCAGACAUUGCUCGCGCAGACGGCGCAGCACUCCACCGCCUUGGCAAAUUUGAUCACCCAGUUGCCCGCUGGGACGCUUGCCAUUGACGACCGUCGGUGCUAUGCGGAGUUCGACAUCUGCCGUCAGUUGAGAAGGAAGAUCUUGCGCUAUUUGCAGUUGGUGGAUAGCGAGGAGUUUCUCGGCUCAUUGAUUGCUGCUAACGAUUCCGUGAUUGCCACGCUUCAGCGCUUCAGCGACGCAUGCAAAGAGAAACACGACGACUCGUACUACGAGACGGAAAGUGAGGAUGAAAGAAAUACGAGUGUGAGAAGUGCCAGUGACGGCAGAAGCGGCUUGAGUCUGGGAAACAAUAGCUUGGAUAAUAGCGGAAUCAGUUUGAAUAACAGUAGGGCCAGCUUGGAUGACAAAAUGGAGGAGGUGCUUAGGAACAAGCGCGCCCCGCCGCCACCACCAACCAGGAGAAAACCACUCUCGCAGCGGGUUGAGGAGGGCGACAGCGAGAGCGAAGAAGAUCCUUUUGGCGACACCCAUAUGGUAGUUUUUAUUGGUAUUCCCGUAGAGGUGGUUAGCUAG